AUGCCUGCUACCGAGGAGCCAUGGCAUUGGCUGAAGGCCGCCAUGGAAGCGCCUGGUGCCUUUGUCAUGGACCCUCGAGGUGAUCUCCGCUUGAAUGUCACCCCCGAGAGCGACAUUGGGGAUGAGGAUCACAGCGGCCAUGCUGCUUCAGACGCCACGAGCGAGGCAAGCGAUGCCAUCGAGCACAUCCAGCAGUUCCUUGUCUGCUCCAAGGCGAUGGCGCGGACAUCGGCUGUGUUCUGCAAGAUGCUUUUCGGACCCUUCUCCGAGGGCCAGCGCGACGACGACAAGGCCAUCGAUCUUGAGGAUGCCAUCGAGCCGAUGUUCUUUGCCCUCUGUAUCGUACACAGCCGCUACGAUAUGAUUCGAACCGCACUCACCGUCAAGGAGGGUUUUCAGCUUCUCGUGGUCACCAAAAAAUACGACAUGACUUCGAUCGUGCGUCCUUGGAUUCACCAUUGGGUGCCGUUGUUGAAAUACAUCGACGAAGAUUUCGGCGACUUGGAGAUGGUGGCAUGGAUCGCUUGGGAAGUCGGUGCUGAGAAUAUUUUCGAGCUGACCAUCAAAUUGCUCGCACUCCAUCGUUGGAAUGACAAGCUCAUAAAGUUGAAUUUCCAUGUCGAUGCAGCUGGCAUCAUAGACGCUGCUACUGGGCUCAGACAAGAUCUUAUCUCUCGCAUGCUUUCACCUUUGCAGCAGUACGCGCGGGAAAUCACGGAAGGAACAACAGCAUGUACUCACGACAUUCAGUCCGACGCCUGCGAUCCCGCCGCCAUGAUGAGCUCCAUCGUUUCCGACUUGGAGUGGGCAGAAGUCGACCCAAGUCAGUUAUACUCCACGGAGAACCUCGUCUACAAAGGAUGUGCUGAAAACCUGCGCUGCGAUAUUGACCAAAUGCGUUGUCCAACCUGCAAGUCGAAUAAAUGCAACCCAAUCCGAGAAGCGACCAGAGUGGCGUGGAACUGCGAAGUCUCUGAAAUGGACUCGCCAAUGACGCAGAGCCAGCGGCAGCAUCUCGCGAAGCAGGCCAGGAUCACAGGUUGGAACCGCUUGGACUGA